ACUACAGCAGCUGGACGUGAGGAGAGUGUGGCUUAUGACGUUUACCAUCACAGAGCUCAGUGGCAGGUUUCUACAAUGGUGGAUGAAGAAGCGCUGUGAUUAUCCAACACGGAGUGCUGGUUAUUCGGCCGUGUCGGUUUGGCAUGUGGACGUCACAAGACGUAAAACCGAUGAUCUGAGAGGAAGAAGACCACAACGGAAAGCCGGACAAAGAGCACAAAACAACAAAAGAGAAGUUCCAGAGAGGGAAAAAGAAACAAAGAGAGGACAGAGACGGAAAGAAGUAACUACCGGAGACGUUGAGUAAAGGAGCAGAGGAGAGGAAGUCUCUUAAAGGAGAGGGAAUAUGAGAGAGGAGGAGCGGCCCAAUGAGUACCCCGAGGCAGAGGUAGUUUCCAAUGAGGAGAACGCUGGAAGCCAACCUCCAAGCGCCCGUGCUGUUGUCAUCAAAACACCAGGGAUCACCGGGCUUAAACGGCAGACAGGCGAAUGUAAGGAAGAUGAUGCAGAUAAAAGCAAGGUCAUGCCAGCGGCCGACAUGCAGCUGUUCGCCACGUUUGGACCCAAAAGACUUAAAAAGAGCCCUGAACACUACCCCCCUUCCUCAAGCCCAUCCUUCUCUCCAGUCCCCGGUACAAGCCCAGGAGGCCUUUCAGUGCUGGAGGACCCGCACACCCAACGGGUGAUCGCCAACAUCCGAGAACGCCAACGGACACAGUCUUUGAACGAAGCCUUCGCUUCGUUACGUAAGAUCAUUCCCACACUUCCGUCCGACAAACUGAGCAAGAUCCAGACACUUAAAUUAGCAUCACGCUACAUUGACUUUCUGUACCAGGUCUUGCAGAGUGAGGAUGUGGCUGCCAAGCUGGCUGGAUGUAACUACCUGGCUCAUGAGAGACUGAGUUAUGCGUUCUCUGUGUGGAGGAUGGAAGGCGCCUGGUCGGCCAUGUCUGCAGGUCACUAGCGUCACUUUCAAAAUCAACUGUUUCUUCAACAUUGUCGUAAAACAUAUGAGUAAUUGCUUUGGACACAGAAAUAUUCAUGUUUUAUCAUCUCUUCCAUCAUGAGCCUUAUUUUUGUAUGAUGCGUUCAAUGUUUUUUUGGUGCUCAGUCAUGUCAGAGCUAGCAUAGAUGUUAAAAAUUAGACAAAUGUACACUAAGUCAACAUAUACAGACUUGUUUUACCACAUUUGUACUUUUCUUACAAAGAAAACACUGGGCAGAUAACAAGCAAACUCAGCACAUUAUUAUUAUUAUUAUAAUUAGUGGCACUGUGGCUUAGUGGUUAACACUGUUGCCU